AUGGAUUUGCCGAUCGAGAAACAACAGUCCAGGACCGAAAGGGCAACCGUCAAACUCAUACCCAUCGCCAACAGCUCGAUGCCGAGCGGAACCAGUACCCCGUUGCAUUCAACGGAUCUAUGUCUGGUCACCUGGAUUGGGAACGAUGAUCCAGAAAACCCGCAAAACUGGCCAUUGCGCACGAAGAUAAUCCGGUCAUCAGCACCGCUGGCAGUGAUCUUCUCCAUCUCAUUCGCAUCGAGCAUCUUCGCCGCCUCGGCGGAGGUCACUGCACGCGAGUACAACGUCUCACCCGAACUAAUGAGUCUGGGCGUUGCACUCUUUGUGGCCGGCUUCGCCGUCGGUCCGUUGGUGUUUGCGCCCAUGGCCGAAGUGGUCGGCAAUGCGCCCCCGAUGGCCAUCGCGCUGACGGGCUGCGCGAUCUUCCAGGUCCCGCUGGCGCUGGCGCGCGACGUCGCCACAAUCCUGGUGUGUCGGUUCCUGGCUGGCAUGUCCGGCAGCGGCGGACUGGCUGUCGGGUCUGGGGUGCUGGCCGAUAUCUUCGGGCCGGUCACUCGUGGAGUGGCGGUUGGGACGUCGGCAACGAUCUUGAAUCUUGGGUCAAUCAUCGGCCCAAUCGUGGGCGCGUACGUUGUGCAGCGGCACGGCUGGCGCUGGACGGCGUGGCUGUCCCUGAUCCUCUGCGGCGUUGCCGGAGUGGCCUGCAUCGCGUUCCUGCGCGAAUCAUCGCACAGCCGCAUCCUCAGAUCCCGGGCUGCGCGUCUGCGCCGCGAGACGGGGAAUCAGUCCCUGCGAGCCCGCGCGGAGAUGGUCUCGCUGGACCCACGCGUGCUGCUGCGCAAGUACUGCAUCAAGCCCGUGCGCAUGUUCUCUCAGGAACCCAUCCUCGUCGUCCUGACCGUCUACCUGACCCUCGUCUACGGCUCGCUGUAUCUCUCGUACCAGAUGUUCCCGCGUGCGUUCGAGAACCGCGGCUGGAGCAAACCUACCGCCACACUGCCCUUCAUCAGCGUCGGACUGGGUGUCCUGACCGCUCUGGGCGUCUUCUGUAUUUUCACGUUGACCUGGUACAAGCCGCGAUGGAUUGCAGCGCAGAAGGCAACCGAGGAGUCCUCUGAAGCAGCACAGACUAGUAGCACAACGCCAGUUCGCAUCGCCCCGGAAGACCGGCUCCCGCCAAUGAUCCUGGGUGCGGUGCUACUUCCUCCGGCACUGAUGUGGUUUGGCUGGUCAGGCGAAGUGCACUGGGCGGCGCAGGUAAUCGCGUGCUUCGUGAUUGGGUUCGCGCUGCAAAUCAUCUUCAUCAGUGGAGUGGUGUACAUCGUUGACGUGUACCCCCUGGACACGGUGUCUGCCAUUUCCAUUCACGUCAUGGUCCGGAGUGUCGUCGCCGCCACCUUCCCACUCUUUGAGGGUCCCAUGUACAAGAGGUUGCAUAUAAACUGGUCUGCGACAUUGCUGGCAGGGUUGUCAGCCCUGAUCAUGGUAUCACCCAUAUUAUUGAGGAUAUAUGGCGCGCGCAUCCGGAACUGGAGUCGGUUUUCGGUCAGUGGAAUAUGA